ACAAAUGCUUUGCUUUGCAACAUGGCGGCGUCUUGAAAACCAAGCCGGAAGUGCUAGUGGUGGUUGCUCUUGCUAGUCAUCUUUGCGGCUGCCCUCUGUCGGCAGUCGGGAUGGAUGUGGAGGAGGCUUUUCAGGUGGUGGGCGAGUUCGGCGCCUACCAGAAACGAGCCGUAGCCGUCCUGGCUCUGACUCAGGUGUAUAUGGCGUGCCAAUCCAUGUUGGUGGUUUUGGUGGGAGCAUCUCCAGAGUUCCACGUGGAGAAGCACGACGGCGUCCAGUCGUCGGUCACGUUUUUCGGGGACGUAGACUCCAUCGUGACCGAGUGGCUCCUGGUCAAGCAGCAGGCCUACAAGGUCAAUUUAGCCGGAUCGCUUUUCUUCGCCGGCCUCCUGCUCGGGAGCUUCAUCUUCGGGCCGCUCUCUGACGCCGUCGGGAGGAGACCCGUCUACCUGACGGCUCUGUUCUUGGAGGUGCUUCUAGGUUACGUGACGGCGGCGGCUCCCAGCUACGAGGUGUUUGCCGUGUCGCGCCUCCUGGUGGGCCUGAUGAACGGCGCUAUCGGCUUGGUCAGCUUCAUCCUCACACAGGAGUACGUGGGCAAGUCCUACUGGGCCAUAACUGGGACGCUGACCAGCAUGACGUUUGCGGUGGGCAUCGCCCUCUUUGCAGCUCUGGGUUUCGCCAUUAGGCCGUGGAGGACUCUGGCGGCGGCGGCCAACACUUGGGGGGUCCUCUGCUUCCUGCUGUCUGCAAUGCUUCCGGAGUCUCCUCGCUGGCUCUACUGUCGUCGUCGCACCGAGCGAGCGCAGGAGGUGAUGCGCUUCAUGGCGCUGAUGAACGGUCGCCCCGCGCACAAGUUGAGUCUGAGGCCGGCGGACGGCCACGAUGACAGCGACGGUGGCAGGCUGGGCAUCUUGCAGUUGGCUUCCCAUCCUCUCCUUCGCCUUAGGACGCUCCUGCUCAUGUAUAUCUGGUACGUGUGCAGUCUAGUGUACUACGGCCUGACGCUGGGCGCUGGUGACAUGUCCGGAAAUCGUUACCUGAAUGUGGCCAUGUAUGGCCUCGUAGAGCUGCCCGCCUACCCGCUCUGCGUCUACUUUAUGAACCAACCCUGGGCUGGGCGGAGGAAGAGUUUGUCGGGUUUCUUGUGUUUGGCUGCGUGUGCCUGCCUCUGCACCAUCUUCAUCCCGGAGGACACAGAGUCGUCACUGGGCUCGACCUCCUUGGCGCUGUUGGGAAAGCUGACGGUGAGCGCAGCGUUCAACAUCGUCUACGUGUACACGUCAGAGCUGUACCCCACCGUGGUCAGGAACGCCGGCCUGGGAGUUUGCGCCAUGUCCUGCAGAGUGGGAGGGAUUCUCGCCCCCUUUGUUCCUUCCAUGCGCGCGUUGGCCACAGCCGUUCCGUUCGGGGUUUUCUGUUUGAGCGGCCUCUCUGCCGGCGCUUUGGUGCUCCUGCUGCCCGAGACCCUCAACGCGCCGCCGGCGCACACCCUGGAGCAGCUCCUUCCCGCCCGCAGACGAGUUCUGGAGAGCAAGCCACUCCUCUACCAAGAUGACGAGUGAGAAAUGACAAGCAAGUGUCAAAAGAAGUCACUGGGGCCAUUUUCAAGGUGGAGCGGCGCAUCCGACAGUCCAUGGGACCUCAGGCUGGCCGGUGGCCUUGCCUCCAAGUGGGCGUCACAAGCGGGGAAAGAUGCGGAUCGUACCACCCAAAAUUGCAAAAGAGCAUUUUAAAUUAUUUUUUUGCAAUGCCUUCUCAGAUUGUUUCACGAUGAAACCUGUUUGAGUGGUGCUAAUUAUUUUUAUUCACGUGUACAGAUGUUUAUAAAUGGUCUAUUUUUUUCAUGAAUAGUUUUUUUCUUUUCUUCAGUGAUGUUAAAAAAGGAACAGAUGAAGGGAUGCCUUCAAAUCAA